AUGGCACUCUGCAAAUUGUGUAUAUUAGGGAUAUUGCUGCAAGUUCUCUAUAGAACUAAUUGUUCUAUGGUCAAAAUUAAUAACAAUGGAUAUGAAGAUAUUGUGAUUGCAAUUAAUCCGAACUCUACAGAAGAUGCCAAACUAAUUACAAGUAUUCAGGAUAUGAUCACAGAAGCCUCAACAUAUUUAUAUCAAGCAACAAAGAACAGACUGUUUAUAAGAAGCGCUAAAAUAUUAAUUCCAAUGAACUGGUCACCAAAUAGCAAAUAUUUAAAGCCAAAAACUGAAACCUAUGACAAGGCAGAUGUCAUUAUUGCAAAUCCAUUUUGGAAGUUUCCGUCACAACAACCGUAUACUUUGCAAUAUGGAGGAUGUGGAGAACAAGGAAGAUACAUUCAUUUUACACCUGAUUAUUUGACAAAUGACGAACUGAACAAAGCAUUCGGGCCACAAGGGAAAGUAUUUGUCCAUGAAUGGGCUCACUAUAGAUGGGGGGUGUUUGAUGAGUCGAAUAAAGAAGUUCCUUAUUACAUAUCAAAUAAUGGUGACAAAGAAGCCACAAGGGAAGCCACAAGGUGCUCCCUUAGUAUUGAAGGUAAAAACCAGCAGAGGUACCAAGGGAAUUUGAUCGAUUGUGAAAUUGAUACUAGUACUGGGCUUUAUAAAGAAGGCUGCGAGUUUUACCCUAAGAAGGACCAGUUGAUCAAGGAAUCCAUUAUGUUUUCUCAGGACAUGACACAUGUAACAGACUUCUGUGAUAAAAAUACGCACAAUGAUGAAGCUCCAAAUCUGCAAAAUAAAGUGUGCAACCUUCGCAGUACAUGGGAUGUUAUCAUGAGUUCUGAUGACAUGAAGUCCACAACUCCAAUCACAAGCCCCAGCAUUCCUGUCCCUUCCUUCUCACUUCUGCAACAUAAAAACAGAGUGGUCACUUUAGUGCUUGAUGUUUCUGGCAGUAUGAACGAUAAUGAUCGUAUAGGACGACUCUACCAGGCUGCAGAAGUAUUCCUUAUUCAGAUCAUAGAAAUAAAUAGUUACAUUGGAAUUGUCAAGUUUUCAAGUUCUGCAUCUAUCAUUUCAAACCUUCGGCAAAUAACUGAUGAUACCCAACGAGUAAACCUUAAAAAUCUACUCCCAAAAACAGCAGUUGGAGGAACACAUAUUUGCUCAGGAAUCAGGUCUGGAUUACAGGUAAACAGACAACGUGACGGCUCAUCAUUUGGGACUGAGAUAGUAUUACUAACAGAUGGAGAGGACAAUUAUGAUACAAGUCUGUGCUUUCCUGAUAUAAAAGCUAGCGGGGCAAUUAUUCAUGUUAUUGCUCUAGGACCAAAUGCAGCUAAAGAGCUGGAGCAGAUUGCAGAUAUGACAGAGGGAUUACGAUUUUCAGCAACAGACAAUCUAGAUGCAAAUGGUCUCAUUGACGCUUUCAACGGAAUUUCAGCUGGAAACGGAAAUCUUUCUCAGCAAAGCAUCCAGUUGGAAAGCAAUGGCAAUAAUAUCAAACCUACUAAUUGCUUAACUGGAGAGGUUCAUGUUGACCAGACAGUCGGCAUUAAGACAUAUUUUCUAGUCACUUGGCAGAGUUCAAUGCCAAGAAUCACUUUAACAGAUCCCAAGGGAACCAUAUAUGCCAAUAAUCAGUUCAAAAGUGAUCCGUAUUCUAAAUCAGCCAGACUGGAAAUCCCUGGAAAAGCAGAGAGAGGAAGUUGGAGUUACAGCAUUUGCAAUACAUUUCAAUACAAUCAAGUCUUAGGCAUAACAGUAAACUCCCAGGCAUCUGAUAGUAACGUGCCUCCAAUUAUUGUCGAUGCGCACAUGAGUGCAGAUGUCUCUGAUAGAAAUCAGCCCCUUGUUAUCUAUGCCAUGGUAAGCCAAGGCAUGAUUCCUAUAAAAGGUGCCAACGUCACAGCUAUUAUUGAACCACAGAUUGGAAAUUCAGUGACUCAACAGCUUCUGGACAAUGGAGCAGGUGCGGAUAUUGUAAAGAAUGACGGAAUCUACUCCGCGUACUUCUUUAUGUUCUCAAAUAAUGGAAGAUAUAACUUAAAAGUGCGUGUUGAGGGCAAAGAAGGUAAAAUCAACCUGGUACCACCCAAGAGUCCUGCAUUCUACGCCCCUGGCUAUGUAGAAAAUGGGGAAAUUGUCUUGAACCCUCCACAACCAGCUGUUAAUGUUGAUGAUCUUAUUCUUAACACUGGAUCAUUCAGUCGAACGGCUACAGGUGGUUCUUUCAUGGUAUCUAAUGUGGGUUCUGGGUCACUAUCUGAUAUCUAUAAACCUGAGAGAAUAACUGACCUGGAUGCAGAGGUUAAAGAUACAUCAAUUGUGUUAUCUUGGACAGCAACUGGUGAUGAUCUGGACCAAGGAGAAGCUACAAGAUAUGACCUACGAAUGAGCACCAACUUCAAAGAACUCAAAGACAACUUUGAAAGUUGUAUUUCUGUUAACAUCUCCAGUCUUACACCUCAACCAGCCGGAUCCACUGAAACAUUUACAUUUUUACCAGAACACAUUAGCAUUGCAAAUAUCACAGUCAUUUAUUUGGGUUUGAUAGCGUUUGAUGAUGUGUCUCAGAAAUCAAAACUAUCUAAUAUAGCUCGUGCUGCAAUAAUUAUUCCCCCACCUCCACCUCCCAAACCAACUGAACACCAUAAAUGUAACGGAUAA